AUGACCGAGUUUGUAAACUGGGAUAAUAUCGGCGCCACCGCCGAUCCGGAGACGCACCCGGACAUAGACCUAGAGAACAUUGACCUCAGUGGUCUCGAUCAUAACUCCGUUUUGGGCUAUGACAAUGAGAAUUACGACGAAUUCUGCGCCUUGCACCCUGCAAGCAAAGUGAAUGGUCCUCUUCAUCAUGAGGGUGAUCGUGUCGAAUUUGACAGUGGCCUCGUCGACCCCGAAUUGGGUACGAAAACCGAUGACCAGCACAUCCCCGGCAAUCGCAAUCGGGCCAUCCAGCGCAAAGUGCCCGCUCUUUCUGAAGAUUCAACCUCUUCAGCGAAGCCCGACUCGACGACAAACGUCCGCGCUAGGUUCUCCAGGGAAGCGGUGGGGAUUUUGAAGAGCUGGUUUUCGUCCCACAGCAAACACCCCUACCCAAAUGACGACGAGAAGGAGAUGCUCCAGCGCCAGACAGGCCUGAGCAAUACCCAGAUUGCCAAUUGGCUGGCGAACGCUCGGCGCCGUGGCAGGUUACGUGCCACCAAACUUGCGUCCCCGCGUCCGGAGCUUUCGUCUACGAAUCCGAUCGACAUUCCGAGUAGGCGAGGGACGGCGCCAGCUGCUGCGGAGAUGAGCAUGAUGGGCCCACUCGAGCGUUGGGUCGACUCUCCUCCCGAAAAUGAACCUGUCUCGGUAGCUGCUAUAGCCCGAGCGAUCACAGCCUCAAGGUCUAGCAGGUCAUCUAGUCUCGAGAAUUCAUUUAGCCACGACUAUACGGACGAUAGCGAUGGGAGGUCGGCCUACAAUCAGUCAUCAGCCAGUUCUAUCGGAACAUCCCGGUCGAGCAGCAGGGUCUUGAAUCCCGACACAGGCCGAACCUGCUGCACCUUCUGCGGCGAAGAUGAUCCGGACGAUGCUCACCUCGAGUCCCACAACCAUUUCCCAUGUCGGGAAAAGAUCCCCGAAGAGCGGUCUUUCUACCGUAAAGACCAUCUUAGACAGCAUCUAAAGUUAGUGCACGACGUCAAGUUUCUCGAUUGGGCGAUGAAGCGCUGGAAGGUUGCUAUCACCGAGAUUCGGUCAAGGUGUGGCUUCUGCGGUAAGGUGAUGGACACUUGGACAACUCGUGCGGACCAUCUUGCCGAGCACUUCAAAGCUGGUAGAACAAUGGCGGACUGGAAGGGCGACUGGGGCUUCGAAGCUCCCGUGCUUAGCAUGGUUGAGAAUUCUAUCCCGCCUUAUCUAAUCCACGACGAACGAAACUCUCCGUUGCCUUAUAUGGCCAGCCAGGCACCACCCGAGUCACCGAGAAAUGCGUACGAGCUCAUCAAAAUGGAGCUUCUUUACUACGCCACUGGAAUGUGGGAGGCGGAGGCAAGGAUGCCCUCUGAUGAAGAGCUACAGCUUGAAGCGUGCCGAGUCAUAUUCGCCUCCGAGGGGCUGUCAUCGCGGGAAGUGUCGACCCAGUCAUGGUUGCGAGAUCUGAUCAUGGCAUCGGACCAGAUUGCAGCGCAAGCAAAGUUCGGCAAGUUAAGAAGCCACGCGGAGAACCUACUCUCGACCCUGAGGAUUAACGGGAAAGACAACCUUUUUGAAGCGUGUCCCCUGGAGAGUCAACUUCAGGAGUUUGUCCGUGCGAGGCGCGUCUUGGGCCUGACGAUCAUGGACUAUGAGCUCCAGGAAGAAGCUUGCAAGAUUGUUGGGCUUAUGGAGGAGACGACAACUUGCCCAUUGAAUAGUGUAGCCGACUGGACCGUCCGACUUAUCAACUCCUCGACGAGCUGGCUCUCCAGUUUCCGCCAGCGGACCGACCCAUCUCUUGGUGGAAACCCGCAAUAUGGGGUCAUGGACUCGAUCGACAGCGGCCGGUGGGAGCGAGAUCUAGGCGGUUACAGGAACCGAUCGGUCGAUUAUUACCAGGGACAGAGGCACGGAUAUGAUGGCGCGGUUUUAGCGGGGCCCCAAACGACUGUAGACCCGAGGCCACUGACUCUCGCGGCACCCUCCACCUCAAGUCAUUUCGUUCCGCACUAUCGAGUCUCCCACAGUGGCGAAGAGCCGUCUGGAUUACUCAACGACGCAGAUCCCUUUAGAGCCAGCGCGUACUUCCUAAAUGGCACGAACUGCUAUCGGGAGCUUUCACGACAGCUCAGUCGAUAUGUAUUUCAAACCAUGUCUCCCAACAACCCGAAUCAACAUGUGCCGACUGAUGAAGAGCUCCAGAAUCAAGCACGAUGGAUCUUAUACGAUGAGUAA